GAAUGCACUUCAUUAAUAAAAGAAGAAUUCGUCACUUCUGCUAUAUUGACACGUGUAUCCAAUCAUUCCGGAAAAUGGACCAAUAAAAAUCGAGGAGAAGAAAAAGUCAUUCCUACUGAUUCUAUUCAACUGUUUGAUAAAUAAAAUUAUUUCAAAAGUUUACGUAAAUUUACGCUUAAUAUUUGCGCAUAUUAGAACUAAUUAGAACUAUGAUUAACGUCUAGAUCUAGACUAUUGUAUCUUCUAGUAAUAAUUGCUAUAUCAUAAAAUACUACCCUGAAACUAACAUCAGGUUUGGAAAAAAAUUAAUUGUGAUUUGUUCAUUAUUCACUAAGAUUAAUGAAUUAAUCGUGAAUUGAAAUAUUAGAAAAGUGCAUUUUAGAAAUAAAAAUAAUCUUAAUACAUCUGUUCCGAUAUGGCAAAUACUGGUCUAUUAGUUCUAACAAAUCCUGCAAAAAUGAAAGGAUUGCUGUUUGUAAUCCAGAAAUAUGUUUUAGAGACAUUGUACAUUCAAUAUCUUCCAGGAAAGAAUAUUUUUGCAGGAAAUUAUAAGCCUACAACUUUGCAACAAAGAGAUCCUGAAUAUUCUAAGAAGAUCAUUGACAUAUACAAAAGUACUUCUACAAUUUCUUCUUGUAUUGAUAUUCGUGUUUUACUCACCAACUUGAAAUAUCCCAAUAGAUCUAUUAUAAAUACCAAAAAACCUGUAGAAGUAGUGAUUUUUGAUCAAAAGUGCAGUAAAGAAGAGGCAGAUACAUUCAUACAGGGCCAUUUAGCAAACAAGUCGCUGAAUUACCACUUUGUUAACUACAUAUGUAGUACAAAUCUGAACUGUUGUAAAAAUGUAGAAUGUGAUGUUCAGAAAAUGAAAACUUACAAGAAUGUAAUACUAGGUGGUACAUUUGAUCGAUUGCACAAUGGUCAUAAGAUUAUGUUAAGUGAGGCUGUAUUGCGUUGUACAGAAAAACUUACUGUUGGUGUGACAGAUAUUAAUAUGAUUACUGGCAAAGUGUUGUGGGAACUUAUACAAUCCUGUACACAAAGAAUAACAAAAGUUGAAGAUUUUUUGGAAGAUGUAGAUUCAUCAUUAUCAUACAAUGUUGUUCCUAUUAACGACAUUUAUGGACCUACUAAAGAAGAUCCAACAUUAGAGAUGAUAGUUGUAAGUGAAGAAACAAAACGUGGUGGUGAUAAAAUCAAUGAAUUACGUUUGCAAAAAGAUUUAAACAAAUUGGAUAUGCAUGUAGUAGAGUUAGCAGGUGAUGAGGAUCAUGAAGAACAUGAAGAGGCCAAAAUUAGUUCUAGUAAUCGCAGAAUGCGAUUACUUGGCACAAGGCUUAAAGAUCCUAGUGAAAGUAAAAUCUUAAGACCUAGAAUCUUAAGACCUUACGUCAUUGGUUUAACGGGUGGUAUUGCAAGUGGAAAAUCUUCAGUUGCUGAAAAAUUGCAACAACUCGGCGCUGGUCUUGUAAAUUGUGAUAAAUUAGCUCAUAACUUGUAUUUACCAGGGACAGAUUGCUUUCAUAAAAUAAUUGAACAUUUUGGUUCUUUUAUUCUCGACUCAGAUGGAUUUAUAAAUAGAAAGUUGCUUGGUGACAUUGUGUUUAAUAAUAAGGAACAAUUAGAAAAGUUGAACAAAUUAAUUUGGCCUUUAAUUCUGCAAGAAGCUAAAAAAGAAAUAGAAAAUCUUUUUUACAAGCAUCGUAAUAUUAUUGUACUGGAAGCAGCAGUUUUAAUUCAAGCUGAAUGGCAAAAUGAAUGCAGCGAAAUUUGGACUUGUAUUAUACCACAAAAUGAGGCUAUAAAACGAAUUAUGAAUAGAAAUGGAUUAUCUGAAGAAGCAGCAAAAUUACGAAUUAACACGCAACCAAGUACCAUGGAGCAAGUUAAGGAAGCCAAUGUUGUUAUAUGUACUUUGUGGAGUUAUGAAAGAACCUUAGUACAAGUAGAAAGAGCAUGGAAAGAACUAACACAAGAUUUAAACAAAUUACAGGCUUUUUGAUAAAUAACAUUUACUUAUUCUCUGAUAUACAAUUUAUAAUUCGGAUAUUGAUGCGCAAUGAUGAGAGAAAUAUUGAUAAUUGAAUAACAGAAAUGGAUAUUAAUAAGAAUACUAUUUUUAUUAUUAC